GCCAGUGCCGCGGGCGAGGGCAGGCGGGGCGCCGGAGGGAGGGAAGAGGCUGCAGGCGAGCCGGGAUGCGCGAUGGCAGAGGCGGCCCGGAUGAUCCCUUAUAGGACAACGGGGUCCACCCUUUUGCACCCGCUGAGUGACUUCCUGGGCAUCCCGCUGGACCAGGUCAAUUUUGUUGCUUGUCAGCUCUUUGCACUCUUGGCUGCCUUUUGGUUUCGCUUGUACUUAAGUCCCAGCCAUGCCAGCUCUGCUGUUCGUCACGCAUUUGCCACCAUAUUUGGAGUAUAUUUUGCCGUUUUCUGCUUUGGUUGGUACUCCAUCCAUAUUUUCAUGCUAGUGAUGAUAAGCUACAGCAUCCUGAAUGUGGCCAGAAUUCCCAACAUUCACAGGUACUCUUUUAUGGUAGCUAUGGGAUAUCUCACGUUAUGCCACAUUAGCCGGAUAUACAUAUUCCACUAUGGUAUUCUCACUACAGAUUUCUCUGGACGAUUGUGUCGUCCGUUGAUGAUUGUAAUACAGAAGAUCACUACUCUUGCCUUCCAAGUGCAUGAUGGAAUAGGCCGGAAAGCUGAAGAACUAACUGCUGAACAAAACCUGCUUGCUAUAAAAACAAGACCUUCAUUACUGGAAUAUCUGAGCUAUCAGCUCAACUUCCUGAGUAUCAUAGCUGGCCCAUGCAGCAAUUUCAAGGACUACAUAGCCUUCAUCGAAGGGAGACAUGUGCAGAUGAAGCUAUCAGAAGUCAGCUGGAAGCAAAAAGGUCAUGAUGGACUCCCUGAUCCUUCUCCAGUGGGAGCUGUGCUGCGCAAACUUUCCAUCACACUUGUAUCUUUGCUUUUGUUCCUGACCCUUACCAAGAGCUUCCCAGCGACUUAUAUUGUUGAUAACCAGUUCAUCAGCAAGGCUUCGUUCUGGUCCAGACUUGGCUUCCUGUAUGUUGCCAUGCAAGCUUCAAAGCCAAAAUACUACUUUGCAUGGACACUCGCAGAUGCAGUCAACAAUGCAGCUGGCUAUGGGUUCAGUGGUGUUGACAAGACAGGCAAUUUCCACUGGGACCUUCUGUCUAAUUUGAAUAUUAGGAACAUUGAGAUGGCCACGAGUUUUAAAAUGUAUGUAGAAAACUGGAAUAUCCAAACCACUGCCUGGCUCAAACGCGUGUGCUAUGAUAGAGCUCCUCAGUACCCUACAGCUUUAACGUUUCUUCUGUCAGCUGUUUGGCAUGGCGUUUACCCCGGAUAUUAUUUUACAUUUGUCACUGGGAUCUUUAUGACACUAGCAGCCAGAGCAGUCAGGAACAAUUUCCGGCAUUUCUUCAUCUCCCCAAAGCCUCUCAAAACGGGCUAUGACAUUGUGACCUGGUUGGUAACUCAGCUCUCUGUCUGCUAUACCGUUGCACCAUUUGUUCUGCUAGCUGUUGAGCCUACGAUUAAAUUAUACAAGUCACUGUACUUUCAUAUGCACAUUUUAUGUGUACUUGUGUUGCUGGUCCUGCCAAUCAGAUCUCAAAAACACAUGAAAAGGCAGCAGCUUCCCAUUCAAGGCACGCACAACUCUGACAUAAACGAGAAAGCAAAAUGAUACCUCAAAAGGGAAUUGGCACUCCUCUUCUGUGAGACACUGGAAAAAUGGGUACGAGCAAUACAUCAUUGCAGUGGCUUAAUUUAAGAAAGUUCUUAAAUGGACAGAAAGGAAAUGGACUGAUUACCAGUUAAGACUUGUUACUGGGUAAUGUUUACAUCCUUGGUGGACAAAGAUAAUAUUUUUUUUUUUGUAAACUAAAGAGAAUAACGGAGUGUCUUUAAUGUAUUUAAAUUCUUGCACACGUCUAUCAUCUCUUAAAGUUAAUCUUAAUUAUCCAGUGCUUUUGAGAUGUAGGGGAAAGAUAAUCAUUGGGGGUUAGCUGUCAUGGACUGACUAGAUGCAGAGGAGUGGGGGGCACUAGCUGGGGAACCCCC